GUUUGUUUCCGUACAGCUGGUGCACGUACAGCAAGCUGCACAUUGGACACAAGUUUCGCUGGUCUGACUAUCGAUGUAGUUCGAUAUCUUCUCUACGAACAUGGCAGGGAACUUGGGUUUGUGAUAACUUAAGAAGCAAACGAAAAAAGGAAAAUAGCUUUUACGAGGACUAAAUUAGCCUUUGAACAAGUUUAAACAGUUAUCCAAUCAAGGAUAUUUUACGAGCUUUCCACCAGGAACACUUGGAAGAUUCUCAAUACGAAGUGCUCAGAGUCACUGAAGUGCCUGCCCUGCACCUGUCAUUCCUAGACCGUACCAGUGUAAAUCAGAACCCUACUUUGGUUCAGCUCUUACCUGCAAGUCUCGGGUCUUUCCAAAGAGCAUGUUGCCAAUGCCGUCUCUCUGCUCCAUUGUCUGGUUACACCGAGGGAUCAAGCUAAAGAAAGUGCUUUAUUUCUCAAACACAGGCCAGGUCUGAGUUUCAACCAUUCACACCAACAGUUCAGUCAUGCUUCUUAGUUUUAGUUGAAAAUUCCUGAAUAGUGUUGCCAUCACAAUUAACAUCCUCAACACUCUGGCGCUUCACUGCCCUGGUCAGUGUGUAUCAUAGUUGGAAAUCUUUGCACAUGGCUGUAGAGGGCUUCCAAUUCAUAGCAAAUUAUGUCUAUAACAAAGACUGGGAAGAGGACCUUGACCUCCAGCCAGGGGACAUACUGACCGUCAGCAAGACGUCACUGACAUCUCUUGGGCUCAAGGAUGGGGACGAGGAGCACCCGGAUUGCCUGGGAUGGAUGGUGGGAGUCAACAAGCGCACCAAGCAGAGGGGAGACUUCCCUGGGACGUAUGUCCAGUAUGUGGGGCCUGUGAAGAUGUAUGUAGUGCCCAACCAGCCUCUGCAGCAGAGACCCCUCCCAGCAGCCCCCAGGCCUCAGCCUCCCCCAGCACAUCAAGGGACUUCAGCUCAAGAGUUUGUCCAGCCUUUUCCACCCCCAGAAAAUGCCCUCCCCACUUUGGUAAAGUUGAUAGAGGCCAUAGAGAACAAAGGUUUGGAGUGCGAGACGCUGUACAGGAAGUCUGGCUCCUUGGCUGCUGGCGGUCAUAGACAGAGCCUGAAGUUUGAGCUCUCGGAGCCUGAGAUGGGCCAGUACGACGUCCAGGCGCUCUCAGAGGCCCUGAUGGGAUUCCUGCAGGACUUGCCCUUCCCCAUCAUCCCAGAGUGUGUCUAUCCCAGCCUGAAGAUUGCCCUGCAAGAGGAAGCAGAGCUGUCUGUCGAGGAGACAGGCAAGCGUUUGCUGAAGGCACUGGAGCCCCCAGCCGUGCCCCUGCCAGGCCUGCUCACCCUGCAGUACCUGCUCAGACACUUGGACCGAGUGGGCCAGAGCUCGCCCCACAAUGGCCUGGACCCUCACACCCUCGCACUCCUCUUCAGCCCUCUGCUGCUCCCCGCUGGGUCAGAAGAAGAUUGUCAGGUUUCUGCCCAGGUGCUGGAGAGACUGCUGGUGGUGAGGGCCUGGGAGCUGGAAGAAAUGCCACCAGCCCUACCUCCCAAACCUUCCAAAACCAAAGCCAUGGCAUCCUCUGUGAUCAAUGGAGACGGCAGCAAGAUGGCCGAUGCAGAGUGGUACUGGGGAGACAUUUCCAGAGAGGAGGUGAAUGAGAAGAUGAGAGACAUGCCGGAUGGGACUUUCUUGGUCCGAGACGCCUCAAGCAAGGUGCAAGGAGAAUACACAUUGACUCUCAGAAAAGGAGGAAACAACAAGCUGAUCAAGAUCUUCCACCGAGGCGGCAGGUACGGCUUCUCUGAGCCGCUGACGUUUUCCUCUGUGGUGGAGCUCAUCCUGCAUUAUCACCAGGAGUCGCUGGCCCAGUACAACCCCAAGCUGGACUCACGGCUACUGUAUCCCAUCUCCAAAUAUCAGCAGGACCAGGUGGUGAAAGAGGACAAUGUGGAAGCAGUAGGAGAGCAACUGAAGGUGUACCAUGAACAGUACCAGGAGAAGAGCCGGGAAUAUGACGUCUUGUAUGAAGAGUACACUCGCACCUCUCAGGAGUUACAGAUGAAGCACACGGCCAUCGAGGCCUUCACCGAGACCAUCAAUAUCUUUGAGGAGCAGUGCGAGACCCAAGAGCGCUACAGCAAAGAGUACAUUGACAAGUUCCACAGGGAGGGCAACAGCCAAGAGAUUGAGAGAAUCCAAAGUAAUUCAGAUAAGCUGAAGUCUCGUGUGACUGAGAUCCAUGACAGCAAACGGAAGCUGGAGCAGGACCUGAAGGAGCAGGCGACGGACAACCGAGAGAUCGACAAGAAGAUGAACAGUCUGAAACCAGACCUCAUGCAGCUGAGGAAGAUCAGAGACCAGUACCUGGUGUGGCUCAAUCAGAAGGGCACCAGACAGAAGAAGAUUAACGAGUGGCUUGGGAUCAAGAACGACGUGGAAGACCUAUAUUCUCUGGUGGAUGAGAUGGAUGACCUGCCACACCAUGACGAGCGCACCUGGUACGUGGGCGACAUCAAGCGAGGCCAGGCCGAAGAGCUGCUAAGGGGCAGGGGUGACGGCACCUUCCUGAUCCGAGACAGCCAGUCCCAGAAGGGCUCCUAUGCCUGCUCUGUAGUCGUGGACGGGGACGUCAAGCACUGUGUGAUAUUCAAGACCUCCACGGGCUACGGUUUCGCCGAGCCUUACAACCUGUACAGCUCCCUGAGAGAGCUGAUUCUCCACUACAGACACACUUCCCUGGUCCAGCACAACGACUCGCUGAAUGUAACUCUGGCAAUUCCUGUCCUAACCCAGCAGCAACCCAGAUGAGACGCACCGUCACCCGGGCACGGCCCGGCACAGAGCAAAAACACACACAGUACUGAGACCACACACCCUCACUUUUCCCAACAAAAAAGCAAACAACUUUCUGAGCGUUGGGUUUGAUAGGAGUGGAAGUGGCAGAUAUAAUGACUGACUGGGUUUUGACUUUGAAGAGACCCUGUAAAUGUUAUAUUUUUGUUUAAUCUUUACAACACUACACAGUUUUAGGAUAAAAAUAUGUUGACUAUUUUAAAGUAACUGCUGUAGAUUCUAUUUUCCCUUUCAAUGGAGGGAAUUAUUUUUUAAAUCGACUUGUUAAGGGUGCCAUUUUGGGGGGGUAGUAACUUUUUUCAACAGUUAAAGAGGCGUAAGGGUUGGACAUGGAGAACAAAAAUACCUAACAGACUUUCUGUUUUCAUCAAGCGUUGCUGACAUGGCUAGAUGAUUGGGAGAUGUGGUAAAAGGCUUAACUUGUAGUGUUUUGUUGCAAGUUCAUAUUAAUACACAUUUUCUCCCACAGUGCUAUGGGACGCAUACAAAGAAAGCAUUCUCCUUUCUGUGGACUCAUUGCUAUGUGCCCUGUCACAUAAAGCAGAACAUGUCUAGAAGACUAAAUUCAGUACCAAUGUGUUAAUCAAAAAGAUUAAUUUGUCUUUUUCUGAAAGCUUUUUUUUGUUGCAAUCUAUGUAAGACUGUUUAAAAUAGUUUGAGGUUGAUGAUAUUAGAUGCUGGCAUGGCCCCUGGUGUAGCUUGAGGACACUGAUUGCUGUGACAGACAGUGGCAUGUAAUGUGAACUGGAGUUGCAGUCCUUGAUGGUGGAACACUUGGUGGUGAAAGUGCCUUCUCUUCUAAUCCUCGGUCUUCCAUUCUCUCUCUGUUGAUCAGAGUCAGUGUGGAUGCCUUGCCCCAAUCAGAUGCCAAGUGUUUUGUACAGCACUGUGUAUGAAACUAGAAAUCUGAAAUAGACCUGGCUAUUGAUUGCCUUGGAGCAGGGAUGGGUAACUCCCUCAGACUUUUACCUGGGACUACUGCCACUGACUGCUCAGAGUGCACACAUCUGGUUUCCCAGGUUAGGGUCAGGGCUCAGUGCACACAUCUGGUUUCCCAGGUUAGGGUCAGGGCUCAGUGCACACAUCUGGUUGCCCAGGUUAGGGUCAGGGCUCAGUGCACACAUCUGGUUUCCCAGGUUAGGGUCAGGGCUCAGUGCACACAUUUGGUUUCCCAGGUCUCAAUCAGUUGCUGACUUAAAGGAAUUAAUGAAAGCCAACAGACAGUCUUGAGGACUGAAGUUGCCCACCCCUGCAUUACUUUGUGUAUGAUGGCGGUGUUGGAUUUGUGCAUGGUGGAAAUGGAUUUCCGUUCAUAUUUUAUAGUUGUGGAUAGAUGGUAGAUAUUAUGGGGGUUGUGUACCAGAUAUAAGAAGCAUGGUCUUUUCACUACAUUUUGACAUUGGGUAUGCGUAUGCAUCGCAUUGGAUAUGCAGUAUGCAUCGCAUUGGAUAUGCAGUAUGCAUCGCAUUGGAUAUGCAGUAUGCAUCGCAUUGGAUAUGCAGUAUGCAUCGCAUUGGAUAUGCAGUAUGCAUCGCAUUGGGUAUGCAGUAUGCAUCGCAUUGGGUAUGCAGUAUGCAUCGCAUUGGGUAUGCAGUAUGCAUCGCAUUGGGUAUGCAGUAUGCAUCGCAUUGGGUAUGCAGUAUGCAGUCUCUCAUUAAGGUAAUAGUAGCCUAAUUCCACAAUAUACUUAAUCAGACUUUAUCUGCCACACUUUGUGAAUGAGCUUCUUUCCCAGGAAACAAGUUGUACUGUAAUGCUAACAUAUACACCAGAUAUUCUAGGUAGACUUGAAACACUACUUUGACAAACUGAUUAGUACUAUGCAGCGAGUUAGACAUACAACUUCACGAUGCCUCAUCAACAUUGAUUUUGAUUCAAGACAAAUCACUGAAUGAGUGAUAACCUUUACACUUGUCAUGUAUUAAUCAGACGUUGGUGCAUUUUAUUGCUCACUUUUAGGAGUGGUUAGAUUGCCGUUCAUGUUGGGAUUGGUGUAAAUCAACCUUUUAUAGCUGACAACAAUGUUGAUGUUAAUCUGGUUAACCUGUUCUUAUGUUUGUCUUUUGGUUAGGUGAGAAGUGUCUCCUUGGAGAGCGAUGACAAUAAUAGUCUGGACUAUUUACUGAACAUAGCUUUCAGCCAGAGUCCUGCUCAGUUCGACUGUCCUUCAGGUCAACGGGUCUUUGAAAACUGGGACUAUCUAGUUGAUUUGUUUUGGCAAGAGAGAGUGCUGUAUAAAAAAAGAGAGUAAAAAAUAUGUUUCUGGUUUGUUUUCAAAUUGCACACGGUGGCUCUGCAUGCAGUAUAAGACUACGUAUGCCCUCCACUGACAUGACCACAGCCAGGUUAAGACUAGCUAAAGAUUGUACACCAGACAAUGUGAUAUAACCAAAGAGUGUUGGUGUCCAUUACUGAGUGUUACAGAAAAGAACCACACAAACCGCCGCCAUAGAUUUUUCAACUAACCUGUUCUUGGGGAUUACUUUCUUCAUUCUCGAUUCGUUUAAAAAAGUAUCUUAGUCUGUUUCCAGUUGCAGUUGGUUCCACAAAAACCAUAAAUUCAGAAAGAUAUCAAUGUUUAAGUGAGAUAUGCCUCGUGGUGUGCUUAGACCUUUGUUUGUCACCUACUUAUGUGUGGCCGUAGAAGUAGAAUCUACUAGUUCCUGCAAUAAUGCUGGGAAUGCUAGAUCUGCGGCAGCUAAGAUGUCCAGAUACCUCCUCAUGCCGUACAAUACUUGGAUGUAAUAUUUUUGAGAUUUUGCUGUUUUUUGUAGAACCACCUGUAACUGGAAACUGACAUCUUUCAGAUACUUUCGUUAUUCUCGAUUCUGUGAAAAAAGUAUUGCCAAUAACAGGUUAGUUGAAAAAAUCUAUGGUGGCGGUUUGUAUGGGGUCUUCCUCUAACGCCCAGUAAUGGACACCAACAUUCUUUGGUUAUAUCACAUUCUCUGGCAUACAAUCUGUAGCUAGGUCUAGACAGUCUGUUCUCAGUGACAUUGUUUCCCCUGGCCUUUUCUGUGGACUUGGGCUCCCGAGUGGCUCAGCGGUCUAAGGCACUGCAUCUCCGUGCCAGAGGCGUCACUACAGACCCUGGUUCGAUUCCAGGCUGUAUCACAACCGGCCGUGAUUGGGAGUCCCAUAGGGUGGCGCACAAUUGGCCCAGCGUCGUCCGGGUCAGGGUUUGGCCGGGGUAGGCAGUCACUGUAAAUAAGAAUUUUUUUCUUAACUGACUUGCCUAGUUAAUUCAAAUAAAAUAAAUUAUAUUGGAGGUCAACAAAAGCUGUGCUUGAUUUCUGUCUCAGACCGCUAUGACGGUGCAACGUAAAACGACACAUUUCCUCAGCUUUUGAGAAAGCCUGUGAGUGGGUACAAAUUUGAGGCUUGAGUAGGGAUGUCGCUGUGCCAAUGUUAAAAUCUGCUACUGUAAAUGCACUACAAAGACAUGAAUAGGGAGCUCAUGUUUCAGGAGUUUUUAUUAUAAUUUGACUUGAACAGGUUCAUUAAUUUACAAUAACUGGCUAUGAUAGGUCAGAAACACUCCGCAUAGUGGACAUCUCAUUUUAAGACAAGGAUGGCAUCAUUGGUGGCUCUUAAUGGUCUGUUUGAAAGUGGCUUUUAUGAAACCUGUUUGUGUUUUGUUAUUUGUUCAUCAUAACCUGAGCAGAUUUAAUUGAAUAAGCUAGUGUGAAUACUUUUGGUGAUAUUCUUUACAUUUAUAUUUCAUGCUUAUUUAGAGAUUUAAUUUCUCUAAAUAACCAAAUAGAUUGAAAAGACUGUGAAAAGGCUGUUUACACAGGCAGCCCAAUUAUUUCUUUCACUAAUUGGUCUUUUGACCAAUCAGAUCAGCUCUGUGAAAAUAUCUGAUGUGAUUGGUCCCAAAAAACGAUUAAUGGCAAAUAUAUCAACAAUAGGCUGCCUGUGUGGAAGCAGUGAACUUUUUUAGAUUUUGUUAUCGAGAAUGAAACUCGUAGUAUUUGUUAUAUGUUGACUUUCAAUAGUUGAAGACUGCUUGGUUUUUAGCUUUUGUAUUUGUGAAACUGUGCUGAAAAGUCUGUUAGAUACUGCUAUUUGAUACACAUAGAAUGUGUAUAAUACUUGGCUGGAGUUCAGUAAUUUGAAAUGUAGAAAUCCCCCACAAAACAUUGCUAAUGAACAGCAAAAUGCACUUUUAAAUUGACAAAAUUCUGUACAAUUAUUGCAUUACCUAAUGAAAAUAUUGGCUGCACUCCAUAGUAUGUAUUUGUCAGACUGGUAGUUUUGUAUGGUACUAAUGAUAAACUUUAAUAAAAUUGUUAAUUUUUAAGUUG